UCAACAUCCCCAGCCUCGCUACAGACCGUGUCCUGCGAGAACUGGCACCAAACUGACGCAUCCAUGGAGCGCUCUGUCCUUUCGCAACAUUCACAACGCACAACAACACUUCGGCCUGAAGUAAUAUAGAAGAGACAACAUCGCAACCGACGCAAAAUACAAACAAAUCUUAACAACAUACUAUUUUAACCGUUGACAACCCUCCCUUUCCGUUGUGUAACUUUCCGGACCCCACAUUCUCCACGCUAUCCUCUACUCCUUCGCUUUCUCUGUCGGGUUACCCAGAAACUCUGUCGCCGUGAAAACGUCUCCAUGGUAGGGAUAGCGUUUGGUAUGAUGCCCGGGACCGUCCGGGUACGAAGUCGGCGGCUUCAAGUGAUGCUGAACCAGCGUAAGACCAAAGCUCGGCGGAAAAAGCGAAAGGAGUUGUUCGGUGGGCAGAUGUGCUUCAUGGGGGUGCUGCUUGCGCUUGUAACUGGGUUCUCUUGUUUGGCGGAGAAAGCAGGAUACGAUGUCUCUAGCCCUAUUACUGAUGAGGGGGCGAGAUGGGAGACUCGGAAACUACUACAGGAGUCUUGGGACAACGAUACAGACCCGUCCAAAAACUGCACCGAGCCAGCGCUGCACGAGUUCCCCACUGACCUGUUCACCAAUCAGGAGCGCACAGAGGGAGCAGUGGCCUUGCACGUCCUGUUUGCUAUGUACAUGUUCUAUGCACUGGCCUUGGUGUGUGAUGACUACUUUGUUCCCUCUCUGGAGAAGAUAUGUGAGCGUCUCCAUCUAAGUGAAGAUGUGGCAGGUGCAACCUUCAUGGCGGCGGGCAGCUCAGCUCCUGAACUCUUUACCUCCGUCAUCGGUGUGUUCAUCGCUAAAGGUGAUGUGGGGGUAGGAACGAUUGUGGGCUCUGCCGUCUUCAAUAUUCUCUGCAUCAUCGGAGUCUGUGGAAUAUUCGCUGGACAGGCAGUGCAUCUGUCUCGUUGGUCUCUUAUGAGAGACUCCGUCUACUACACCCUGUCCAUCACUGCUCUCAUAGUGUUCAUAUAUGAUGAAAAGGUUUCUUGGUGGGAGUCACUGACACUGGUUCUGAUGUAUUUUGGCUACAUUGUGAUAAUGAAGUUUAACUCUAACAUUGUGCGUUUCCUGGAGAGGUGGAAGAAGAACCCAUCCGGCCUGGGGAAUGGCACAGCCAGUAACAAUGACCUGGGCGACAACUGUGAUGCCACCGUUGUCUUGCUGAAGAAAGCUAACUUUCGUAGAAAGCCAUCGGUGUUGAUGGUAGAUGAGUUACUGUCAGCAUACCCCCACCAGCUGUCCUUCUCUGAAGCGGGCAUGAGGAUCAUGAUCACCAGCCACUUUUCUCCGCGCACACGCCUCACCAUGGCCUCACGCAUGCUCAUCACUGAGCGACAGCGUCUGAUCAGCACCCGGCCAUUCACUAACGGAGACUCAGAGGUCACAGUUAAGGUCGCCAGCAGGCGGUGCCUGGAGAAUGGACUGGGCGGACCAGAGAGGGGCGUCAAUGGUCGUCGUGGUCACCAUGGAGAGGACGACGGGGGAGAAGUGGAGGCAGAUAACGACACGGAAAACGAAAAUGAAGACAACGAGAAUAAUGAGAACGACGAGGAAGAGGAGGAGGAGGAAGGAGGAGAAGGGCCAUUUAUACCCUUUCACGUCCCAGCGGGGUGCUGUAAUAAGAUCAAGUGGCUGUUGGCCUGGCCUCUGUGCCUGAUGUUGUUCUUCACGGUACCUAACUGUGCCAUCCCUCGCUGGGAGAGGUGGUUCAUGGUGUCUUUCAUCACCUCCACCCUAUGGAUUGCCGCCUUCUCCUAUAUCAUGGUCUGGAUGGUGACAGUGAUCGGGUACACUCUGGGUAUCCCUGAUGUCAUCAUGGGCAUCACCUUCCUGGCAGCCGGCACCAGUGUCCCUGACUGCAUGGCCAGUCUUAUAGUGGCACGGCAAGGUCUUGGGGAUAUGGCUGUGUCUAACUCUAUAGGCAGUAAUGUGUUUGAUAUCCUUAUUGGACUCGGUCUACCCUGGGCCCUGCAGACUAUUUGCAUCAACUACGGCUCCUACAUUAAACUGAACAGCAAAGGCCUCAUCUUCUCAGUGGCCCUUCUGCUGGGGUCGGUGUUCCUCACGGUCCUGGGUGUUCACCUGAAUGGGUGGAAACUGGACCGUCGCCUGGGCCUCUUGUGUCUGCUUAUGUACUCAAUCUUUCUCUGUUUCUCCAUCCUCAUCGAGUACAACAUCUUCAUCUUUGUCAAUCUGCCAACCUGCAGAGACCGUUGAGAUCCACUUCUUAAUUUUCUUUCUUGUCCCUGUCUGUCCUUGAGACGGUCCUUCCCCUUCACGUUUGGAGACAGUUAUGUCCCAUCUCUCCUGGAGACAGUCCUCUUUAGGAGAGAUCAGUCUGCCACUCAAAUAUUUUUUAUUUUUCAAAGCAUAGCAUUUUUAUUUUAUUUCGUUUUUGUCUUUAUGGUCGGUGCAAUAUGGAGUGGUGUGUGUGUGUGUGUGUGUCUGCCCACACAUAUGUGUGUGCGUGUUAAAACAGGUUGAUAGAAAACACAUGCAAAAACACAAACUGACUGGUAAAAACCUCUCACACAGUACAGAACUUGUGGACAAAGCUAUCAUGUUCGACUACUGUCUGCUUUGAUGUGAAUAUUUAGUUUUUGAUUUUUUUGUAAAGGUUAUUGAAACUGCAUUAUAUUCUAAAGUGUGAUCUUGCUGAUAUUUUAUAAUGUAAUGUGUUUAUUAGCUGCUAACUGGCUUAGAGAAAGCAGGUCUGAUGAGAAUUGAUACAAUCUACUGGAAUAGUUCUGUUCUUUGAACAAUAUUUACAAUUCUUAGUGUUGAUCCAAUCAAUGGAAAGGAUUUCUUAAGGUGAAUGAACCAUGUGACUUGAUGUAAAUAGUUGGCUGAAGACAAAUGGUUAAAUAUGACUCUUCUGUAUACGCACACACAAACCAUGUUUUUCAGCAAUGGUAUCAACACCAAUACACUUCUGAAACCUUUUUAUUAAAUCUGGCCAAUGAAUUUUAUAUAUGGAUUGGAUGUCAAGAGAGGGCAUAAAGUUUCAGCAGAGGACAUGAUAAAUGCUCAGUUUGGUUGGUCAAGAUAUGCUUUGUUAAAUAUAUCUCUAAAAUAUAUAAUGUGCAAUGAAAUAAGGAGAAUUUCCCUUUUUUCCAAUUUGAUGUUUAAUGGUUCCUCAGCCUGAUAACAAGUGUAUGUUAAGAGAUAAAUGAGUAAGAGAAACUGUUAUCCAUGUUUCAGGUUUUUUAUACAGACCCAUUACAAACUUCAGCUAACUUUCGACAUGCUCAGUUUUGAUUGCCCAGAUCACCUGAAAUUAACAACUAACCAAAUAUGAAGUUGAUUUCGUGUGUAAUACAUUACUAAUAAGAUUUUUUUAAACAUGCUCAUACAGUCUGAAAAGUUCCAUAGAGUUUUAUCUAGCGGUGGCUGAAGUUUUUCAUGGCUGUUUAAAAAUAGCUAUACCAUUGAUUAAAGUAGGCUGGCCCACAGACUACUUUCAGAGCAAGAACCAUUUAACAUUCUGCAAGAGAAAUUAUGUUUUAAUGAGGGGCAUGUAUUAUUUUUUCCCUGUGUAAAUGCACCCAGACAGAUAUACAGAUUAUAUUUAUUAAUGUUUUAUUAUUUAUUUUCAACCAUAACCAACACACCUUGUUUUUGAAGAUUAUUUUGGGCCUUUUGUCUGCAAAGCAUAGAGUCACAAAUACUGCUGGGCAUGUUGUGAAACUCAAGUCUAAAGUCAAUUUUGGGGUGAACAUCCUUUCAGCAUUCAACUCUUGCAGUGGAGUUCUGAAAAGUUACUUAAUGGUGGACUUGAUUUAGAUUUUACCAUACAUAGAUAGAAUAUUGUUGUCCUUAGCAGAGAAGCUGCAUCUAUAUUUGCAUUGAAGUAUAUUAUAUCUGGUAUCUGUCCAAGAUGGGAGCCAACCUCAGAUUCAAAGACCAUCAGUGUCCCCUCUUGAUGAUUAUCAGGACAAUCUCUGGGUAAAAUGAAGCAGGCAUUUGUAAAACAACGAACUCGUUCUUUCCACUCAUGGAGCUCAAGAGACAGAUAUGUGCUGCCACCUAAGGGCAUAACUAUGAACUACAGCAGAAUGUUGGUUUCCUACAUAUUUUCUCUAUUCAAAUUAACAUUUACCAAAUGUACUUUGCCUAGCUAGUCUUCCUGUUUGAACAAUUAUUAUUUUUUGUUCUGACUGGAGCACAGUGUACUAAUGAGUACUCCCAGCCAGAAUUAUCAUUCAUAGAGUUAGAGAUGCACUUUAAAUAAAGCAUCUGAACUUUGACAUUAAUUGAAUGUGGUUGGGGUGGUAAUUUGUAUGUUUUCUUAAGGAAUAAUGUUUUAUGUUCGUCAAAAUGGUUGUGCAACAUUUAAAGGAAUACUUCUUUAUCUUUAUGUUUUUUUCAGUUACUCAGUUACCCGAAGUCAUUACUAAUUUGUGGAUACCAUUUGACAUUCUCUCCAUAUAGUUUGAAUUACCUCUAGUUGUAGCUUAGCUGUGACUGAAGAUAGUUGAGAUUUCUGGCUGUAAUUUCAAGCUAUUAGUUAGCUUACGUAAGCACGUAGUUAGCUUGCCCAAGCAAGUCUGGUCCAAAAUAGUUCGUUUUAUUUCCCUGGUUUUGUGAAGAGCCGACUAAGUAUCCACUAAAGACUUACAGCAGUUGCACUAAGAUAACCAAAUGAUACCUACAACAUUCUUCAAAUGAUAUGCAGAGAAGAUCUAACCUUAUCCAUGACUUUGUCUGACUUUGUGUACGUAGGACAUAGAAAUAUCCCUUUAAAUAUAUGCUUAUUUCCUUAGCACCCUUGGUUUAAGGGAACUCUUCAGGUGGUGUAUAAUAGAACUUCAGGUGAUUCUAGGACACUAAUCACAUUGGCUCUUGAAAAUGUAUUAUAUUUAUUACACCACAGUAAACAUAUACAGCAGGUUAACACACCACUAUUUGUUGGAACUUCAAGAGCUGAUAUGUUUAUUUUAUUCAUGCAAAUAACAUUUAUUGAAGAUGAAAAUAAUGUUUUAUCAACCCUUUUGAGAGACUUGUAAAAACAAAUUUAAUGGACCAAUCGCACAAUAUAUUGUUAUGGGGUAAAAAAAAAAAGAGAAUGUACAAAGUAUUGAAAUUAUUUAGCAUUUAUUUUUAAGAAUGUUUGAUCAUUUAUUAUUUAUUUGCCUUGGUAUAUGAGUAGUUAUGUCAAAGGAAAACAGGGUUUUAAAAUGUCAGAUUAUUUAUAAUGCAAUAAUUGAGAGCUUUACAGUGUAAAUGUUGUUUUUUCCAUUUUUGUUUGAAGGCAAAUGGCAGAUUUUCAGAUGUUACAUAUGUUGUAGCAUUUCCCUCUACUAUUAGAGGGGAAAGCACCUUCUAGGGCAGAAUAAGGUUAAGUGGUUUACACAGGUCUGCCCUGAAAAGCUUGGAAUUAAAAUGGGACUGUUAUCUAGAUAUCUACCAAGCAAGCCUACACAUCAGUGGCUCCCAAUUGUAUUAUUUGGUAAAUAUCUUAUAAAUAUCCCUAUGCAGCAUUCAAUACAUUUAGGUAAAAAAGAAAUCUCCAUUGGCACCUCAUAAUUAGGCCAUGUUACCGCUUACAAUGGGGUCAGAUAUUGUAUUGAGCUGCUAUUCAUUUGUCUCUACGACAGGGUCUAUGUUUGAUGACGAUUAAGUUCUGAAAACAGGUACUAUGUUCAUGAGCUUGCAAUUGACCAAACUAUGACCAAGACUCUCAUAUCUGUAAAUGAGCUGUCUUAAAAAAAAGUCAUAUUUUAAUAAUUUGUGAUAUUCACAUGGUGAUAUAUUAUUUAUGUACAUAGAUCUACUGUACAUACAUGUAUUUAUGUACAGUAUGUGUCUUAAGCUAUGUAUCUGUUGAAUAUAUUUUCAUAGACAUGAUAUUAGGCCCCUCUUGGUAACCUCCUCAGUCCGUUGUUUGGUUGUGUUUGAGAAUUUGAUUAUAUCACCCUGUCCUUUGUUAGCUCGCAUGGAAACAUUUUAAUAAAACAUAAUUUACAAUAAUUAUAAUGUAAUUUGAAUUAAAAUGAUAUAUUAAAAACAGCACUGGAUACUGCAGCUGAACUGGACCUCAUAGAUGACUGUAUGGUGUUGCGUAUAGGAUUGCUGAGUUUGAUAAUGUAAUGUUAAUCAAAUGACACAAGGUAUGCCUCCUGAACUGGGAGAUCUAAACAAAAUUGUUUACUCUGUGUACCAAUGUAAUUUCAGAUGUAAUUUAGAAUACUUCUGCUACUUGAGCAUAAAAUAAAAAUGCUUAAGGUAA